AGCCGGCCGGCCGCGCUGCGCUCGCGCAUAGUACGCGCGUCGCUCUCAGACGGCGCACGCGCACCGCUGAUACGCACCGCACUAUAAAAGGGAAGCCGCCCUUCGCGCAACACACUCUCGCGUCUCUUCUUCAGCAAGAAGCACCAUCAGUUACUUGUAAUAGUAAUUAGUUGUGUCACAAUGUCCGCGGAACAUGUGCAAGUGAUGUUGCGGCACGCAGAGGACGAUACCGAGGGGGUCGUCCUGGCCAAGGGGGUGUCCAUGAUCGUGCUGUUCUGUGCCUCUAUGAUCUGCGGUCUGGCACCUCUGCUGUUGGCUAAAAAGUUCCAUUGGUUGUCGGCUGAAGAUGCGGGAAACCUCAAGACUACGAACAGGGUGGUGAUGACCUUGCUGUCGUUUGGAGGUGGUGUCCUGCUUUCCACGACCUUCAUGCACUUGGUGCCUGAGGUCCAACACAAUGUGGAGUACCUUCAGAGCAUUGGUUCCAUCAACGAGUUCGAUUUCUCCUUAACUCCUCUGCUGACAUGCUGCGGCUUCUUCAUCAUGUACCUGGUGGAGGAACUGGUCCACAUGUACAUCCACUACAGGGAGAAGAAGAAUGGUCAAGUGGCCCCCCUUGUCAGGAACCUGAGUGUUCGUCAGAGCCGCAGCGGAAUCACCAGCAACGGAGAAAAGAGUGCCACUAACUCUACCGCUGAUCUUGUUGAAUCAAAAAAGGACCUUGAGAGCCACCAGCACAAUGGCCAUUCACACCAUCACAGCCACAUGCCCAUGAACGUAGGAGAUGACGUCACUUCUGCCCUAAGAGGACUACUCAUUGUACUCGCUCUGUCUAUUCACGAGUUGUUCGAGGGCUUAGCUGUCGGUUUGGAAUCGAGCACUUCUCAUGUUUGGUACAUGUUGGGAGCGGUUUCGGCUCACAAACUCGUUAUUGCUUUCUGUAUUGGUGUAGAACUCAUCGCUACCCGCACUAAGACUUGGCUGACGAUAGUUUACAUUACUACUUUUGCCAUAGUCUCUCCUUUGGGCAUUGGUAUUGGUCUCUUGCUUGUGGGAGGCCAAGGCGCUGCUGCUGCCGGUCUCUCCUCCGUGGUACUCCAAGGUCUGGCGUCAGGAACUCUGCUCUACGUCAUCUUCUUUGAAAUUUGGAAGGGCGACAGAACUGGAAUCCUUCAAUACUUUGCCUCGGUCAUUGGAUUCUUCGUCAUGUUCGGUUUACAGUUGUUGACUGGACACUCGCACAGCCACUCCCAUGGCGGUGGCGGCCAUGACCACAGCCACGACCACGGACAUUCCCACGAUAAAUAAAUGCCAGACUAAAGACUGUGAUGCCAAUGCCAGCACACGUAAUAAAUGUAUGAAUCAGAACAUAGAAGGACAAUAUACCUACCGUCACAAACGUCCUAUUCCUGUAUAUUGUAACUAGUGUUAUGACCAAAUGACAAUAUUAUUUGUAUGUGAUAAAUUAUGAUGUGUAUGAUAACGUUAGAAUUAGUUAAACUAAGUUAGUGUGUAUUCUAAGUAUUUUGUUAUAAUGAGAUGCAGGUUAGGAGAGCUCAGUAAAAUAUAAUUAUGUUAUUUAAUUUCGGAACAUACUCACUUUUUAGGGUAAUGAGUGUUAGUGUUGCCAUUAGUUGCUGUUAUUUAACCCUGUAUUCGUAUAAUCGUAUUUUAUAAAUAAAACAGAAAAGUGAGAUUCCGAAUUAAAAUACUUUCUAGUCAUCAGCUGCAUAAUAUUAAUUUGUAGUGUUUGAUUAUUAUCAAUUCCUAAUGCUGCUAUGCAAUGAAACUUGACUGUUUUCUUUAUGUCUAGCCUGCAUUUCGGCUAGAUAUUUAAAUAAAUGAAUGUUAGCUAGACUAAUAUACUUAGAGACGAGUUAGUAAUAAAACGUGAUUUGUUCUAUUUUGUUUCCCAUAGUGAUUAAAAUUCAAAUGUAUUAUGUUUAAAGAAAUUAUUUUUUCUAGAUAUCAACCGCAUCAUUACAUUUCUAAUUUUAAGUACAAGUGUAAUUUCUUACUUAAUAUUGAAUGUCUGUCUGUGAUAUUGUUGAAGCAGGAAGAUGGAGUUGGAUCGGAUGAGCCAUACAUUGCAAAGCUAAUAGCUGUUAGAGAUAAAUACUUAAUUAAGUUAUUAACGCUACUGAAGUACAAAAUUCCUUGAAUUAUGUGGCUAACCCAUUAAGAAAUUAUAAUGCUAUUAAUGCGAAGUUAAUCGUGCUCGUAAAACAUUCCUGGCCUAUAGGUAAAACAUAAACAUAAACACCUAAAUAUCUUAAUGCUUAAAAUACUUAAGGAACUAUUGAUUUUAGAUGCUUCAGUAUUUUGGGGAAAAUUGUCGCCUUGACUCGGGUGGAACAGAGAAAAAUGUGUACUUAGUAAAUUAUUUCAAUAACAUUUAUUAUUAAUGCAAUUUUGUAAUUAUUUGUACAUAAAUAAACCAUAAAUAAUAGUACCAC